AUGUCCUCACCCGACUCCAAAUCAUCCGCUGCGCCGCCGACGCCCUCGAAAAUGGUCCCCAUCGAUAUCAGUUCAAAGCAACUCUCAGAAUCGCCAACGUCUACGACCCCAGACUCCACUGCAGCGGACUCUGCAGACGCAAAGGAAAGCCUGGAUUUGCCCAAGUUUCCCACACUCCCUGCUGCCCCAGCUCCCCGCGUCUUUGGGCAAGGUUGGUCUGCGUCGCACAAAGUGCCGACCGUCGCGCAAUGGCAAGGCAUCAAGGACAAGCACGAGCAAGAGGCGGAAGAGUAUGCUCGUAUCAUGGAAGCUCGUGAAGAGGCCAUGGCGAAGGCAUCAGCUCAGAGCUCCGACGACCAUUCUCCUGCGUCUGCCAACUCACGGGCUAGCACUGUCGACGCGACACAUGAUGUACAAAAGCCACCAUCAGCAGACCGCAAAGAGGCAGCCAGUCAACCGCAAGCGUCUGUCGCCGAGACGGAAAAGCAGCGUCUGAUGGAGCAGAUGAAUUCUAGCAAGGAGAAGCCUACUGAGCGGUUCAAGAAGCGUAAGGGCGAGCGCCGCGUGCGUGACCCCAUCACUGGUUCCGAGAUGAUUGUCAAGGAUGUGGACAAGAAAGGCAAGUUCUUACCCCGGUCAACUGAUUCUGACCGUUCAGACUUUGACAGCACGAGGCCCCGUACGCUUGGCAGCAACAUCCUGUACCAGACAUACCCCCCGCCCAUCCCCGAGUCCUUCCACGGCAUCACGCAGCGUGUCAACUAUGUCAAAGUUGCCAUGGCAGGAAGCUUGGUAGUGCUGUGGUUCUUCUCCCUGGGCGGCGGCUUUAUCAAGUUUAUCCUUCGCACUAUGCUCUACGCCACUGUGGGGUUCGGCCUCUACUCUCUCCUCGAUCUCUUGCAGCGCAACAUUGAAAAGGAAAUGAACGCGUCCCGUCUCGACUUCAAUCGUUCACGCGGUGAAGCCUUCUCACCUCCGUUCCCGGAGAGCGUCGAGUGGCUGAACGGCCUGAUCAAGCUCGUGUGGGGCCUUAUUGACCCAGUCACGUUCAUUUCUGUUGCCGACAUGAUCGAGGACAUUCUGCAGCAAUCACUACCGAGCUUUGUCGACGCUGUGCGCAUCACCGACAUUGGCCAAGGCAUAAACCCUCUCCGUAUCACGUCCAUCCGCGCUCUGCCCGACCAACCCCUCGAGCCGGGAUACCCGCGCACUGACUGGAUUGAUGAGGGCGAGGGGGUCCCGCUCAAGGAUACUGCCGGCAAGGAACUUGAAGAGGACCAGGCUGGCGACUAUUACAACUUUGAGGCGGCGUUCUCGUACUCGGCCUUGCCUGGACAGGGCACGUCGCUGCGUGCCAAGAACAUUCACAUGCUCGUCGAGUUCUUCCUCGGUGCCUACGACUGGUUCCACAUCCCCUUGCCCAUCUGGAUCCAGGUUGAAGAGAUUUACGGCGUCGUUCGUCUCCGCAUCCAGUUUAUCCCCGAGCCACCCUUCGUUCGCAACGUCACGUUUGCACUUUGUGGUGUCCCGGAAGUUGAAGUCUCGGCUAUCCCCAUGUCCCGUCACCUGCCCAACAUCCUUGACCUGCCGUUCAUUUCCGGCUUUGUCAAGUCUGGUAUUGCGGCCGGCACAGCUGAGCUGUCGGUGCCCAAGAGCAUGACCAUCAACCUCAAGGAUAUGCUCUCUGGAGCGCAAGUCGGUGACACUCGUGCUAUCGGCAUCUUUGUCGUGACCAUUCACUACUGUGUUGGACUUUCGGCACAGGAUUCCAAUGGCAAGUCGGACCCUUACAUCGUCCUCGCGUAUGCCAAGUACGGUCGUCCACUCUACUCUACACGCAUCAUCAUUGAAGACCUCAACCCCGUGUACGAGGAGACUGCAUUUCUCCUUCUCACCAUCGACGAGAUCAAGGAGAAGGAAGAGCUCUGUGCCAUGCUCUGGGACAGCGACAAGCUGAGCGCCGAUGACCUCGUUGGCCGUGUGCAGGUCCCUGUUGAGGAACUCAUCCAGACCCCGAACCAGAUGUACCGCCGCGAAGAUGGUCUCAAAGGGUUUGAGGACGCCAACGAAAUGCCCGGCAAGCUGGUCUGGUCGAUUGGAUACUUUGAAAAGGCCGCUUUGCUCAAGUCACUUGAACGCGACCCCACUCUCGAGGAGGCGCGCCACGCGACCACCGAGCCCUCGGGCCCAUCUCGCGAGAUGAGGCCUGACGAUGCCGCCCCGAACCCUGCCCGUGCCGACCUUCCUCCACCCCCACCGGACCUCACCAAGACCCGCCCCGACCCACAGUUCCCAUCUGGUAUCCUCUCCAUUGUCUUGCACCAGGUCAACAACCUUGAGCGCCAACAUCUGGAGGGCAAAUCGGGCGACGACCGUGAAGGCGAGGCGGGACAGGAUACCGACGACCCGAGCCAGCAGACCACAAACUUGCCUUCAGGUUAUGGCGAGUUCAUCGUCAAUGACGACCUGGUUUACCGUACCCGUGUGAAGCAGUACACGACCAACCCGUACUUUGAGGCUGGAACGGAGAUCUUCAUUCGUGAUUUCACCACCGCAGAUGUCCGUGUCGUGAUCCGCGACUCUCGCCUGCGCCAGGCCGACCCCAUCCUCGGCAUUGUCUCUGUCCAGCUCUCUGAACUGUUCGUCGAUGCCUCGACAGUCACGCGCACCUUCCCCCUCCGCGAGGGUCAAGGCUUUGGCAAGGCCAAUAUCUCGUUCGCGUUCCGCGGUGUCCAGACUGCCAUGCCCGCGCACAUGCGUGGUUGGGAGACUGGCACGCUCAUCGUGUCCAACGUCCGUCUCAAGCCCGACCCGAAUUCCAAGAAACUGGACCUGCGCGAAAUGUCACUUGGUGUCGUCACGCACGAGUCUACCGAGACAAUGAAGAAGCGCGAGGCUGCGGUGGACGAUGAGAGCAACCUCAUCAGAUGGGACUCUGACCAGCUCUUCCUCCCCGUGUAUGGACGUUACCAGUCGCAGGUGGUGUUUGAGUUUGGGCGUUCUGGUCUUGGCCAGCUUGUCGGUCGCGGCAAGCCCGACGCCAUUGCCGUCCUGUGGCUCCAGGACCUGACGGACAAUCUAGAGGCCGAGAUCGAACUUCCGGUCGUCGUCGGUCCGGACAUGCACGUUCUGCGUCAGCAGGUCAUCAACGACCAAACACGCGAACACCACCCGUUCGAGAUUGUGGGAACCGUCUGGGCCAACAUUGCCUUUUCGGCCGGUCUCGACCUCGAGCACGACAGGCUCCGUCUCGCCCAGUCCCGCCGCCACGCCAUGGAGGCGUACAUGGCCGUCGAGGGCGACAGCGAGAUUGCCAGGCGCCAACAGAGUUUCAUGGACGACGGCGUGAUCGACCGCGACGAGAAGCGCGAGAUGAACAAGGCCCACCGCCGCGCGCUCGAGAGCCGUGGUCGUGGCAUGGCCCAGGUCGGCGCCUACCGCAGUGUCAAGUGGAUGGGACGUGGUCUCUAUGACCGUCUCCCAGGCAGGAAAAAGACCAGAGAGCCGACGGUACAGACCGAGGCAUAA